AUGGCUACCGAUAUCCCCAAGGUUGUCCCUUUGACAUGUCACGGACAUUCUCGUCCGGUGACGCAUUUGAGCUUCUCUUCAACUGUGGAGGACGAGCAAUAUUACUUUAUCUCAUCAUGCAAAGAUAACAACCCUAUGCUCCGAGACGGCAUUACAGGAGACUGGAUCGGAACAUUCCUCGGCCACAAAGGUGCCGUCUGGCAAGCCAGACUCUCCGCAGACGCUGCCAUCUCAGCAACAGCAGCAGCAGAUUUCUCAGCCAAAGUCUGGGAUACAUACACAGGCGAAUGCCUACACACACUGCAGCAUGCGCACAUCGUGCGCUCAGUAGCAUUCCCCAUCCAAGCCAACCCGCAAGUCCUCGCAACCGGCGGUGCAGAGAAGAAGCUCCGGAUCUUCGACCUCACGCGCGGAGGCUCAGCCUCUGUCCCUGCGGGCACUAAUGCUGCAACUGAGAAUGGAGUGACGAGCUAUGAGAUCGGUCCCGGCGUUCACGGCGGUACUAUCAAGUCCAUUGUCUGGAACCAGGACUACAAUGUGGUCACCACUGCGGCUGAAGACCGGAAGGUUCGGUGGUGGGACUUGCGCUCGCGACACCCAAUUGUCGAACUCGCGGUUGAUGGUCCCAUUGGCUCUUGUGAGCUGAAUAGUCUCGCGACGAGGCCCAAUGACUCUGGGAUCUUGACUGUGGCGGCUGGCAAGAGUGUCUACCUUUACGAUGGUGUGCAGCCGGGUCGAUUGCUCAAGAAAGUUGAUUUCGACUAUGACGUUGCGAGUGCGGCGGUCAAUAGUGAAUCUGGCCGUCUGGUUACGGGCAGUGCGAAUGAUACUUGGGCGCGAGUUUAUGACUUGAACACGAACGAAGAGCUCGAGGUUCAAAAGGGUCAUCAUGGACCUAUCUGGUCCGUCAGCUUUUCGCCUGACGGUAAGCUCUACGGCACCGGUAGCGAGGACGGCACCAUUAAGCUGUGGAAAGCUAGCCGGGAGCCAUAUGGCCUCUGGAGGUAG